GGUUGGGAAACCUGAGGUUGUGGCAACUCUGGAAGGGAGCAGCUGUCUCUGAAUUGCCUGAGGCCAUGGGCAGCUAGCCAAGCCUACCUGCUAUAAAAGGGAGCUGACACUCAGCUCCACAUAUCCUUUGUCAAUUCCGCUUCUGGAGACUGGUGGAACAAAUUCUUGGCAUCAUGCCGACUGAGCUGGAGUGUGCCUUAAACACAGUCAUUGAUGUCUUCCACAAAUACUCCUUGGAGAAAGGGAGUCACCAUGCUGUCUACAGGGAUGAUCUGAAGAAACUGUUGGAUGUUGAGUGCCCUCAGUAUGUGAAGAAUAAAGAUGCAGACACCUGGUUCAAAGAACUAGAUAUCAAUAAGGAUGGCGGAGUUAACUUUGAAGAGUUCCUCAUAUUGGUAGUGAAGAUGGGUGUGGCAGGCCACGAAGAGAGCCACAAAGAGUAGCAAAGCUACUGGGCCCUGAAGCUUGGUCCCUGGACAUGUGUCUGCAGUAAAUAAAGUAAUCGAUACCUCAGGUG